AUGGACGGAGGUUCAACGCCUGGUCCUGGUGGGAGUUCAACGACAAAAGCUUCUGGGAUGUUGUACAUUUGCGGUGAGUGUCACAGCGAAAAUGAAAUUAGACCGAAAGAUCCGAUACGAUGCCGCGAAUGUGGUUACAGAAUUCUUUAUAAGAAACGAUGCAGAAAAUGUAAGAUUGACUAA